GACAGCCCUUAGCUCCACCGAGCCGUUCAGUUUCGGAGUGUGCUCUCUCUCUCUCUCUCUGUCUCUGAGUGUGGGUCUGUCCACCCCCUGAACAACCUCGAAAUGUCAAAGUCCAUCAUCACCACCACCACCACCAGCAGCAAAAGGAGCGGAGGGAUAAGAACUGGAGGGAGCAUGUAUGGAUCCGGGAUGUCCUCCGGCCUCAAUCGGUUGGGAAGCGGAGGGAGUUUUCAGACUUCCAGGCGUGCCCAAAGUGUGGUCCUGGGACCAACCCAGAGAUUGUCAACCUCCCGAUUCUCCACUGGCUCUCGGAUGUCCAAUAUCGGAUAUAGCGGUGCUUUGGGCGGCGGCAGAAUCAGUGCAAUAGGAGGGGGCUCCAGCAGGAUGGGCCUCGGGGGAAUGGGGAUUAGUUCCCAGGGACUGAUCCAGAGAACCGCUGCCCUGGACCUGAACGCGCCUUUACCCCAAAUCGACACCACUCAGAACAUUGUCCGCUUGCAGGAGAGCCAGCAGCUCCAGGGACUCAACAACCAAUUCGUUGAUUUCCUUACCAAGGUUCGGCAUUUGGAACAGGUCAAUACUCAGCUGAGUAUCAAACUGAAACUUCUGCAGGAUCAAGGCGAAUACAAAUCCAACAUCGAGAGUAUGUUUCAGUCCUACAUUGACAAUCUCAAGAACCAACUGGACACACUUCGCAAAGAGAAGGAGAGGUUCGAUGCCGAACUGCUCCAAAUGCAAGGGCUGGUCGAGGAUUACAAGAGCAGAUACGAAGAUGAAAUCAACAAGCGCACAGAGAUGGAAAAUGAGUUUGUCCUGGUCAAGAAGGAUGUCGAUGACUCGUACAUGAGUAAGGUGGAGCUGGAAGCGAAACUGGAAGCUCUGACCGAUGAAAUUGAAUUCCUGCGGAGUAUCUAUGAAGAGGAACUCCGGGAGCUCCAGGCUCAGAUCCAGAAUACAUGUGUCAACGUGCAAUUGGAGGGUGGUCCCAGGUUCAAUGCGCAGGAGAUCUUAGACAUGGCCAGGAAACAGUAUGAAGCUUGUGCCCAGCAAGGCCGCGAAGAUGCGGAAGUUUGGAAACGGACCAAGAUGCAGGAACUGUCCAUGGCGGCUGGACAAAGUGGCGAUGAUAUCAGUGUGCUGAAGUCAGAGAUAAGGCAGACAACAGAGCAGAUCCGGAGAAUGAAUGGAGACAUUGACAACCUGAAAAAAGAGCGUGUGAGACUGGAGGAAGCAAUCCGGGAAGCGGAGGACCGCGGGGACAUGUCUCUGAAAGACUGUAAGCUUCAGAUUUCGAAACUGGAAGAUGCCAUCUGCAAAGCUCAGCAUGAACUUUCCGCACAAUGCAAGGAAUACGAACACCUGAUGGGCAUCAAGCUGGCACUGGACAUUGAGAUCAACACCUACAUGAAAAUACUGGACACAGAGGAGACGAGGAUGGCAACUGGGGUAAAGACCCUCAACAUCCAGCAAGUACAGAGCCAAGGUGAUUUUUCAUCAUUUGGUGCAAUGUCAUCUGGAAUUACUCCAUUUGCGGGUGCUAGUGCAUAUGAAACCUCCUUAACCUCUUCAUCAAGCUUGAAACCUCCUCUGUUUGUGAAGAAAAUUGAGACGAAGGAUGGAAGGACAAUUUCUUCAUCUGUAACGCCCUUGAACUAGCGGGGAGGAAAGCAUUCUAUCCAGUAUUUGUCUCACAUCUCAAUACAAAUAAUUUUCAUCUGUCAUCCAAGCCUUCGAUUUCAAUUCUAAUAAUCCUAGUUUUGCAUGUUUGGGGUACCUUCUUAAAAUACUAACACUGGUGAACUUCCAAAGCUACAGUCCUUUUCAGCCUUCAGGCCUUUGUCAGUGAUGAAUUUGCCUCAAUCUAUUCACCUUCACAAACCGUAUUGAUCAAUCUGCCAUAUACUUACACUACGUUAUGUAUAACUGUGACAUGCAAUAUCAGUUGCUGUUUCUCAGAUUAUUUUUGGUUACUUUACCCAUUGCCUGACAUUAUAAGUUUUGCAUCAUGAAAAAUCAAGUGUGUGCACACAAUUUGGAAUUAACUGGUGGGAAUGGCUCACUAAUUCUUUGUUGUCACUGACUAAAGUCUUGAAAGGUAUCCAACUUCUAAAAGGCUCAUCGUUGGGUUUAACAGGAAACAAUUAUUGGGUUCUUUAAGAAAGACACCAAUGUUUUCUGUUCAGAACUGUUUCGUAUUGUGUAACUUCUUGUACCAGAUAAUUUUCUUUUCAUCACAGUCUGUGAUAUACUGAAUAAAUUUGUUUUCUGCAAUUCAAAA